AUGGAGAUACCAUCGUCGGCCAUAUACUUAACCCUUGUCCUAGUUUUCACACUCCUCACAGGCCUCUACCGCGGCCGCCGCCGCCACAAACUCAACCUCCCACCUGGGCCGAGGCCGUGGCCUGUCAUUGGCAACCUCAACCUCAUUGGUCCUCUGCCUUACCGCUCCCUCGCCGCCCUCUCCCAAAAGCACGGCCCACUGAUGCACCUCCGCUUCGGCUCCUUCCCGGUCGUCGUCGGCUCCUCCGUCGACAUGGCCAAGUUCUUCCUCAACACCCAUGACCUCUCCUUCGUCUCUCGCCCUAAGACCAUCGCCGGCAAGUACACCGCCUACAACUACUCCAACAUCAACUGA